AUUUUAAAGGGUUAUUUUUGUAACUUCAUUUCUGCCAAAGAGUCGGUUAGUUUUACUCCCGCCCCAUUUCAAUUCGUUUCAUUUUCUAGUUUCUCCCCAUUUUGCUGUUCGCAGUUCCCCUUCCUCGAUUUCUUUUCUUCUUCCGUGAGCUUCAUUUCGUCAUUCCCCAAAAUGCCCCCACAGACCAGAAGAAUGGCGUUCCCUAAAAUUGUGAUAGAGAGGGACACAGACUCUGAACAAAGUUCAUCAGAAGGAGAAGAGGAAGAAUUUGUAGAAGAAGAAGAGGAAGAGGAAGAGGAAGCACCUAGUGCUGUUGCGGAAGAAGAUGAAGAAGAAGUUGCAGAGAAGGCGAAUGGCGGGAAAAUGGGAGGGAAGCUUAUGGAUGCUUCGGAUGCUAAGAAGAAAGAGAAAGCGCCGAUAACCAUUAGUCUCAAGAAUGUCUGCAAAGUGUGCAAGAGAAAGGGACACCAAGCAGGAUUCAAGGGAGCUACUUACAUCGAUUGCCCUAUGAAACCGUGCUUCCUGUGUAAAAUGCCUGGGCACACAACCAUGACUUGCCCACAUCGAGUAGCUGUGGAGCAUGGGGUAAUCCCAGCACCCCACAAGAACACUGGAAGACCUUUAGAUUAUGUAUUUGAACGCCAGCUUAGGGCUAAUGUAACCAUGAUCAAGCCAGCUUUUGUGAUCCCGGAUCAAGUGGACUGUGCUGUUAUUAGAUACCACAGUAGGCGUAUAACCUGCCUGGAGUUUCAUCCAACCAACAACAACAUUCUUCUAUCAGGAGAUAAGAAAGGGCAACUUGGAGUGUGGGAUUAUGUUAAAGUAUAUGAAAAGACAGUGUAUGGAAACAUACAUUCUGUUAUACUUAAUAACAUGAGGUUCAAUCCAUCAAAUGAUGGGACUUUAUAUGCAGCAUCCUCGGAUGGAACGGUCAGUUGCACUGACUUGGAGACUGGAAUGUCAUUUCCUCUGAUGGACCUCAAUCCCGAUGGAUGGCAGGGCCCAAAUAGCUGGAGGAUGCUGUAUGGCAUGGACAUCCAUCCAGAGAAGAGUCUUGUGCUUGUGGCAGAUAAUUUUGGAUAUCUAUACUUGGUGGAUAUGCGCUCCAACAAGAAAACUGGAGACACUAUUUUGAUCCAUAAGAAAGGUAGCAAAGUAGUUGGGCUUCACUGCAAUCCGGUUCAGCCAGAGAUUCUCUUGAGUUGUGGAAAUGAUCAUUUUGCUCGUAUAUGGGAUGUGCGCCGACUUGAAGCUGGAUCUUCUCUAUAUGCUCUUCCUCACAACCGUGUUGUAAACUCAGCAUAUUUUUCCCCACAAUCUGGAAGCAAGAUUCUUACUACAGCUCAGGACAACCGUCUUCGAGUAUGGGAUUCCAUCUUUGGGAAUUUGGACUCCCCUAGCAGAGAGAUAGUACAUAGCCAUGAUUUCAAUAGGCAUUUGACCCCUUUUCGAGCUGAAUGGGACCCAAAGGACCCGUCGGAGUCCUUGGCAGUUAUUGGCCGUUACAUAAGUGAGAAUUAUAAUGGAGCUGCCUUGCAUCCCAUUGAUUUCAUCGAUACAAGUACAGGGCAACUGGUUCGUGAGGUGAUGGAACCAAAUAUCACAACCAUCAGUCCCGUUAAUAAGCUACACCCAAGAGACGAUGUCAUGGCAACUGGUAGUUCAAGGUCAAUUUUUAUUUGGAAGCCCAAGGAGAAGUCUGAGCUUGUCCGAGAGAAGGAUGAAAAGAAGAUAAUUCUUUGUGGAAAAGCUGGCAAAACCAAUAAGAAAUUUGGUGGUGAAAGUGAUGAUUCUGAUGGUGAUAUAUUCAGCUCCAAGGGUAAGAACUCCAAAUACAAGAAACCUGAAUCAAAGUAUAGUUUUAGUGAUCCAAAAAAGAAGAAGCGCUGAAAAAUGAUGAUACUAGAUGUCUCAGUCAAAACCAACGUUAUAAAUUAAUGCUGGAAAAACUUUGGUUUGUAAAUCGGAGAAAGUCCAAUCUCCAAUUUUGUACAUUUUGAUAAUUGCUCCAGUCUAGAAGCUAUGUAGGUUCUUCUUAACCUCUACCCUUGCAAUCUGUAUUGUUGUGCCUCCCUAUCCAAAGCAAUCUGUAGUUUUUUCUCUUUUGGUUGGGCGGAUCCUUUUUGGUGUUAUUCUCACAGUAAUGGUCAUUUGAGAAUAUUUUGGGCUGUAAGUUAGUUCACUCUCUCUUUGGUAACGUAAUCCUGCAUGUGAUUAACUGAGAUUUCUGCAUCUUCUUUUGUGUUGACUGUAUAGGCUCAAUAAUAGUGGCAGAAGGUAAAAAAUACACUCAAUCUUGUUUAUCAAUCAGAACUGCUAGAUUCUCA